CCUGUUUCUUUCACUACCUAAAGGUUUAUUUCAUGCCCAUUUUAAUUUUAUAAAGAAGAAGAAGAAGAAAAAAAAGAAAAAAAAUGUACUACUACUACUACUACUGUCACUUGUUGUUCUUGGGGUUGAUGAUGAUGAUGAUGAUGAUGAAUAAUGUUUGGGGAGUGAAUAGCUCAAUGAAUACCCUAAAUGAGACAUGCUUUGAUGGUGCCACUGCCACCUUCAUACUGAGGUUGGGUCUCUACAGGGACGUCUGCCCCGAGGCUGAGGCCAUCGUCUUCUCUUGGGUCGAAACCGCUGUUUACGACGACCCCAGAAUGGCCGCCUCUCUCCUCCGCCUCCACUUCCACGACUGCUUUGUCAAUGGGUGCGACGCGUCGGUGUUGCUGGACGACACGCCGAGCAUGGUGGGGGAGAAAACAGCGGGACCGAACCAGAACUCUCUAAGGGGGUUUGAAGUGAUAGACUCGAUAAAGGCGGAUCUCGAAUACGUGUGCCCUCAAACCGUGUCUUGCGCUGACAUUCUUGCCAUUGCUGCCCGGGAUGCCGUCCUCCUGUCAGGUGGUCCGGCAUGGGAAGUGGAAAUGGGAAGAAAGGACAGUUUGAGAGCCAGCCAAACAGACGCUAACAACAACAUCCCGGGGCCCAAUUCCGAUGUUCCAACUUUAGUGUCCAAGUUUCAAGCCCUUGGCCUCUCCCCACUUGACAUGGUCACUCUUUCCGGGGCACACACCCUAGGAAAGGCGAGGUGUUUCACGUUCAACUCCCGGCUCAACGCCGGCGGCGGCGCGCCGGACGUCAACUUGGAGUUCAUUCAGUCCCUCCAGCAGCUCUGCUCCCCGGCGGCGGACGUGAACGCCACGCUGGCGGAUCUCGACGCCGUGACGCCAGCAACCUUCGACAACGAGUACUACGUCAACCUCGUGUCCGGGAAGGGCUUGCUGGCGUCGGACGACGUGCUGGUCAACGGCGGCGAAGACCAGACACGUGCGGUGGUCGAGUCGUACGUCGACGACCCGGCGUUGUUCUUCGACAACUUCAAGAGCUCAAUGGUGAAGAUGGGAAGGCUGGCGCCUGCUGAAGGAGAAGGCGGCGAGAUACGCCGGAAUUGUAGGGCUGUUAAUUAAUUAAUCAACGAAUUAAUUGGAG